CGCUUGGCAUGAAUAUCUUGUGGACGUACAAUCCAAUGACUAUCACGAAAUCUUUGGCUCUGUUCUUGGCCUUGGGCCACCAGACUCUGGUUGAUGCGACUUGUUGCGUUCACAGCCAGGAGAGGCGAGACUGCUGGAAGAAGGGAAUCGACAUCCAUUCGGACCCUGAUUUCGUAAUACCAGAGGGAAGAUUGCGAGAAUACGAACUCACCAUUAGCAACGAACUGAUCAACCCCGAUGGAUAUUGGAAAAAUGCGACAGUUUUCAAUGGGACAUAUCCCGGACCCCUUAUCGAGGCCGAUUGGGGUGAUACGCUCCGUAUCAUCAUUCACAACAAUUUGACCAAUUACAAUGGCACGGCUGUUCAUUGGCAUGGUAUUCGACAGCAGAAUACUGUCUGGGAAGAUGGUGUACCUGGUGUCACGCAAUGUCCAUCCAAGCCUGGCACCUCGCAAGUGUAUGAGUUCCAGGCCCGACAGUAUGGUACUUCAUGGUACCACUCUCAUUUCGGUUUGCAGUACAGCAAUGGUGCAUACGGACCACUCGUGAUCCAUGGGCCCUCCAGCGCAAACUGGGACGUUGAUCUUGGGCCCUGGAUUCUCUCUGACUGGUAUCAUGAUGAUGCCUUCAGUCUCAUCUGGCGCGAAUUCUUCACUGACCGCGCCCCCAUCCCCAACUCGAUGGUGCUGAACGGCAAAGGCGUUUUCGAUUGCGAUCCCCAAAGCGACCCUCACUGUUCGGGCGACGGCGAACUGUUCGAUGUGACCUUUGAACCUGGCACCAGAUACAAGAUCGGACUCGUCAACACCGGCUCGCUGCUCACGGAGACUUUCUGGAUAGAUGGACACAACUUUACCGUCAUCUCCAAUGAUUUCGUUCAGAUUGAGCCAUUUGAGACGGAUGUUAUCAACAUCGGCAUAGGUCAACGUUACGAGAUCAUUGUGGAGGCCAACGCGGACCUUGCCAACGGCACCAACUUCUGGAUCAACGCGCACUACUGCGACAUGCCUGACCUUAUGGAGAAGCACGUGGGCAUCGUGCGGUACGAUUCGAGCGACAAGAGUGAUCCCAUCACGGGCCCACCAGCGCACCUCGACUACGGCUGUUCCGACCCAGGUCCGGAUGAGCUUGUGCCCGUGGUGCCGAAGCAGGUCGGCAGGCGCGUCAACGACAUGGAACCCGCCGACUAUCUCAAGAUUGGACUCGAAGGCUGGCCUAACGCGAGCGACCCCAACUCUCUGAUCCGCAAAUGGGCGCUGGGUUCGGGUCCCAUGUACAGCGACUGGAGAGAGCCGAGCGUGAAGAGGCUCACCCUCAACUCGGGCGACGAAGCGCAGUUUCCACCAGACUCUGAGCCGAUGCACAUUGACUUUGAAACCGGCGAGUGGGUGUACUUGGUGAUUGAGAACAAUCAUGAAAUGCCGAUAGGAAACCCGCCUCGCGUGAUUCCGCGGUCGGUGCACCCCAUCCAUAUGCACGGACACGACGUCUACGUCCUGGCACAGGGCAAGGGCCGGUUCAAUGAGAGCGUCGUUCCGAAUCUGGACAACCCGCCUCGACGCGAUGUCGCCAACUGCCCGAUCUACGGGUAUUUGUGGAUUGCUUUCCCGGUGGAUAAUCCCGGCGCCUGGUUGCUUCACUGCCACAUUGCCUGGCACUCUAGCGCUGGGUUUUCCAUUCAGCUCCUGGAGCAGACGUCGAAGAUCAUACCCCUCAUGGAGGAGGCCGGAGCGCUGACGGAGAUGGAGGAGCGCUGUGCUGAGUGGAAAGAUUACUACGAGAAUGAGCAUCCCGAUAGGGGUAACCAAGUCGAUGUAUAAGUAGGCCGCGAGGAGACGAUGAUAUUAAGCCUGACGUGACACAAGCGGUCGAUGAAAUGAAAGUUGGUCCGUGG